AUUCAUUCUCGAGCUAGCCGAUCGCAGACUGGGAUAUCGCAGUGCAGAGAUUAGCUCGGACAUACAAUGGACAUCAGCUAUCGAAGCUCGAGAUGCCGUACGCGAUGUCCAGUCCAGGGCCAUAGUCAACUAGUUCAAGCUCAUACGAUACUACGGCAACCCAAACUGGCCUGAGAAAGGAAGGAUUGGGAGGAUUGGAUGUGGGAAGUUUCUACCUGGCUGUGGAAAUCGCAUGAGUACGAUACAGAGCUGGCGGCAUAUCGUCUUUUGUGGCGCCUGCAAGGGACUGCCAUCCUUCACCUGCACGGUGUCGUUCGUCUUCCCAUCGCCUACACGCCCCUCUACGCCAUCACCGAUACUAUUCGAGGCCUCGCUUCGGAGUGCAUACUAGGCUCAAACAUGGAGCAAGUCAAAUCCGGUAUUGACGUGUCCCACGAAGAUGCCAAGACCAUCUCCAACCGUUGCUGGACGCGUUCCGUGGUACCGAGGCAGAGAACCACGUACUGUAUAACGACAUUCACAUCGGCAACGUCGUUUUACGGGGCUUGGAUAGAUCUGCUGUUGUAAUCGAUUUUGGACGUUGCAUGCAUCAGACAGCCUGGUUGUCCUGACAAGGAGUGGAGGGAUAUCGUUAAAGUGGGUGCCGAUAUGCGCUUCAUGAGGAGAGUUCUGCUGCGUCCGAAGAAUGGAGGCUGGAAGAAGAAUGUCACGCCAUUCGCGAUGUCAGACUAC